AUGCAAGCUUCAACAGACAGCGUCGGAUAUCCGGUCUCCGUUCUAUUCGGACCGCAAUGCAGCAAUAUUGAUGAGGUCUCGGCUCAAAUAAGCACGACUCUUGCUGAAGAUUCAUCUCUUCAAUUCAUCAGUGAGAUUCUGCAGGAGCUGCCUUCUCUCUGGGCCGAUAUUACUAAGGCCUUGCCGACCCUCUGCAAAGUCUCGGGGGAUGAGCAGAUCAUCGCACUGGUGCAACAUUUACAUGGCUCACCCUCACCACCCACAGGAGAGCCUAAAAAUGUAAUCCUGACGCCCCUCACUGUGAUUAGUCAAAUCUUGGACUUUAUCAAGCUCAAGGAGUUGACUGGGGAGCAAUACAUCAUCGACGCUCAAGGGUUCUGCGUGGGAUUCCUGGCUGCGAUCGUGGCCGCUUUCUCCAAGGACGAGUUUCAGUCACUCACUGCGACAAUUAUUCGACUAGCAGUAUGCAUCGGUGCUUUGGUCGACUUGGACGAGUUGAACUAUGGUGCCUAUCGGUCUAUUGCUGUAAGGUGGAAGCAAUCAGCAGCUUGCAAGAAGUUUCAACAAGUGAUUGCAUCCCAUCCAAAGGCUUAUACAUCAUGCGAGUUGGAUACGAAUAGUGUCACAGUAACUGUUCCAGAGGAAGACAUGGAUGCCUUGGUCAAAGAUCUUGCAAGUCACAAUGUAUCAGCGAAGCCCAUUUCUCUGAGGGGAAGGUUCCACAGCGAAGCACAUAAGGUCGCUGUGCAACAUCUUGUCAAGUACUUUCAGCACGACAAGCGCUUGCAGCUUCCAAGUGGAGGCGAACUUCUCCUGCCUCUCCGAUCCAACGUGGACGGCAACGUCAUUGACCAAGGGGAUUUACUCACCAUUGCCUUGGAAUCUAUCCUGGUCAUGCAAUGCAAGUGGCUUCCUACUGUUGCAAAUUCGUUCUAUCGUGUAAGAGAAGCGGACAAUGCUGCUCGCUUGCUGACGAUUGGCGGGAGUUCCAUCAUCCCCCGUAGUGUGAGCAUUCAAUCAGCACCGCAGAACGGCCAUCGUGACUUGUGUCAAGUUACUAAUGGACCUUCCAACGGGCUCACCAAUGGUCACGCGUCUUCCAACGGGGUGAAAAUAGCGGAAGGGUUGCAGCAUACCACUCGCAACGCUCAUCGUGACGACCCAGUAACCCCAAUCGCAAUUGUCGGGAUGGCUGGUCGGUAUCCCCAGGCCGAUUCUGUUGAGGCGUUAUGGGAGAUGCUCGAAUUGGGGCGGUGCGCUGUCAGUGAAAUGCCAGACGAUCGAUUCAAAAUGAACGAGCUUCUACGACAGCCAAAAGGACCGUUCUUUGGAAAUUACCUAGAUGAUCCCGAUGCUUUUGACCAUCGAUUCUUUGGUAUCUCAGCCCGCGAGGCAGAGGCCAUGGAUCCCCAACAACGACUGCUGCUACAAGUCGCAUACAAUGCGAUGGAAUCGGCCGGCUAUUGUGGAAUCUCUGCUUCUUCAUUGACCUCGGACAUUGGUUGCUAUAUCGGUGUCGGAUCGGAUGAUUAUACGGACAACGUUGGGUCCCGGGACUCCAACGCAUUUUCCGCCACCGGGACUCUUCAGGCAUUCAACAGCGGGCGCAUCAGUCACUACUUUGGAUGGAGUGGUCCAUCAUUGAUAGUUGACACAGCUUGUUCUUCAGCUGCUGUGGCGAUUCAUCUGGCCUGCAAGGCCCUACAGGCGAAGGAAUGCUCGAUUGCAAUGGCCGGAGGAGUGAACGUCAUGACCAGUCCCAAAGUGACUCAGAACCUAGCCGCUGCUUCUUUUCUGUCCCCUACCGGUGCCUCCAGGGCAUUUGACGCGGAUGCAAACGGCUAUUGUCGCGGUGAAGGUGCAGGGCUGGUGAUGUUGCGACCUUUGAAGGAUGCCCUUCGCGAUCAUGAUACAGUUUUGGCUGUCAUCGCGGGAUCGGCAGUGAAUCAGGGGUCCAACUGUUCCCCAAUAACCGUCCCUGUCUCAGAAUCUCAACAGUCUCUAUAUCGCAAAGCCCUUGCUGCAGGGGCUACGUCUCCAUAUGAAGUUAGCUAUGUCGAGGCCCAUGGUACUGGCACACAAGUGGGAGAUCCCAUUGAGUUUGACAGUAUUCGCCAGGUUUUUGGCGGAGCAAGUCGAGCUGAAGAGCUUUGGAUUGGGUCUAUCAAAGAUAACAUUGGACACACAGAAACCUCAUCCGGAGUUGCAGCACUGUUAAAGACAGUCAUGAUGAUCCAAAAGGCCAGAAUCCCGAAACAGGCCAAUUUUUCUCGCCUAAAUCCCAAAAUACCUUCUUCCCAUCGGGAGAAUAUUUCAAUUCCUAACAAGUCUAUCAACUGGGAGUCCUCCCAUCAUGCGGCCAUGGUAACAAACUAUGGCGCCGCUGGAAGUAAUGCGGCAAUUCUUGUCAAACAGCACAGGAGUCCAUCGUGUAGUUUAGACUACGUCGAAGGAGGCGCAUCAGAAGUCCCAAUCUUCAUUUCGGCAAAGUCUCAAGAGUCCCUUCGCGCUUACUGUGAGGCUCUUCACAGGUUUAUCACUGAAAGGUCGACUCAUCCCAAUGAAAGCCUGCUGCAAGACAUCGCAUACAAUCUUGCAAUCAAACAGAACAGGAAAAUGGACUACGUGACUACUUUCUCAACGAACGCCAACGAUAUACCCAGCUUCCUGAACCAGCUCGCUGAGGUGAUCUCAAAAAAUGCCCACACGCAAAAGAAGCCAGAAAGCCCACUUCCUGUGAUUCUAUGCUUCGGUGGUCAGGCUGGUAACACUGCCAGUAUUUCAGAAGACCUGUUCAAUUCCUGCGGGCAUUUGCGAAUUCACUUGAUGGAAUGUGAAAGCACUUGCAAAGCCUUGGGUCUUCCCAGUCUGUUCCCGACGAUCUUCCAACAUAGUCCAAUUGAAGACCUGGUAUCCCUUCAUUGCAUACUUUUCUCCAUCCAAUACGCGUCUGCCAGAGCUUGGAUUGACUCCGGGCUGAAGGUGGAACGUAUUGUUGGACACAGCUUUGGCCAACUAACCGGAUUAUGCGUGGCGGGUAUCCUUAAUCUUUCCGACGCCAUGACGCUCAUCUCUCAGCGAGCGAGCCUUAUCAAGAGCAGUUGGGGUCUGGAACAUGGGAGCAUGCUGUCCAUGAAAGGUACACAUGAAGAUGUCCGUGGCCUGGUGAAUGAUUGCAAUAACUCUGUGGAUAUCGCGUGCUUCAACGGCCCACGCGACCUGGUUGUUGCCGGGGACGAGGUCUCCAUCGCAAAUAUCGAAACUAUAGCUGCGGGCGGUUCCAUGUUUAUCCAAACAAAGCGUUUACGCAGUACUCAUGGUUUCCACUCUCGACUGGUCGACGGGAUUGUUUCCGGCCUCACUGAAGUCGCUCAGUCACUUGUGUACCGCGAGCCACGGAUUCCGAUAGAGGCCUGCUCUGAGUUGGACGAUUGGACUUCUGUGACCCCCACGAAGAUAGUCCAGCACAGCCGCAUGCCUGUGUACUUUGAAUCAGCUGUGAAAAGGGCUGCAGAGAAGGUUUCCGGGCCGGCGAUCUGGCUUGAGGCUGGAUCAGGAUCGCCUGUGAUCCCGAUGAUUCGACAGAUUAUCCAGUCGUCCGAAUCCCCGGAAGGGCAUGUCUUCCAAUCAACUAAUCUCCAUGACUCGCAAGCACAACGAAACAUUGCCAAAGCCACAUCGAACCUUUGGUCAAAGGGCGUCGAAGCGCAGUUUUGGGCUUUCUGUCAUCACCAAGCACCUUCUUACAAGUCGAUCAAUCUGCCUCCUUAUCAAUUUGCGAAGACCAAGCAUUGGAUUCCGUUUGAUCCAUCUGCUUUCCAUCCAGUUUCACCUACAUCAUUACCCGACAAUAACAGUGGACUGGUCAAAGUGGUUGAACAAAGUUCACGGGACACUGUUUUCUCCGUCAAUGUUUCUCACCCGGUCUACCGCUUGUGUGCCGAAGGACAUUCCGUUGUUGGUCAACAUCUGUGUCCUGCAUCUCUUUACAUUGAAAUCAUCUUGGAGGCGGCAAGUAAGGUAGCCUCAAAUGGACUCUCUGGGCUUAUGCCACAUAUCCAAAAUCUGAGCAUCUCUGCCCCGUUGCUUCUUGAGUCCAAAGGACAAGUCUGUCUCCGACUAUCACAGACUGACACCCAUCUCAAGUGGUCUUUCUCUCUUUUCACGCGGCAGAUGAUGUCAGAUCCAGAGACGCACGCCACAGGUGAGAUCGGACUUCACAACGUGGAUGGAGCUUCUCAAGCUUCCUCGCGUUUCCGAUCCCUGGAUCGGCUCAUCACUCCAUCUCGCUCUCAUGCCAUUGCAAUGUCAUCGGAUGCUAGUGGGCUGAUUGGACUACCCGUUUACCAGACCUUCAACCGAGUCGUUGAAUAUGCAGACUACUUCCGAGGGGUGAAAAAAGUGUUUGCCAGCGGACAUGAAGCCACCGGUCUCGUCUCCUUGCAAGAUUCCCCAAGUGCAAAUGGCAUCUGUGACCCCGUACUCGUCGACAAUUUCCUUCAGGUGGCUGGUAUUCAUACUAACUGUUUGUCUGAAACACGCGGCGAUGAAGUUUUUGUCUGCAGUGGUAUCGAGGACAUCUUUUUGAGUGAUGCCUUUAUCAACAGAGAUACCAAGUCUACCGGAACCACCACAACCUACACCAGUUAUGACCGACCUUCCAAGAAGCAAUUUAUGAGUGAUAUCUUUGUUUUUGACUCUGAAAGCGGCAAGCUGCUUCUUGCCAUCAUGUCGGCAACAUUCACUAGUGUUUUAAUGUCCAAUUUGUCUCGCGCUCUCAACAGACUAAACAAAGACGCUCCUGAGUUAGUCCUCGGGUCAGGUGAGAGAAAGCCCCGACUUGAGACACAAGUGGCCGCGAUGACAAAUUCGCACAAUCUUCAGCAAGGAGUCAGUGUCGGCGGGGGCCACAUAGACACCAUUCGAGAGAUGUUCCACACUCUUCUAGGCAUCCCACUGGCAGAGUUACUCCCGUCAUCAGGUCUUGAAGAUAUCGGUGUUGACUCGCUCAUGCGAACUGAAGUCUUGGCUGAGAUCAAGAAGCGCUUUGAUUUCAACUUAUCUGUCACUACGUUGAUGGAGGUCUCCGAUAUCCAAGGUCUGGCCAACACAAUAUUCCAGGAUGCUUCCCCUCAAACCUUACCUGUUUCCGCCCCAGCCGAAGUCCCUAUUGAGGUCCCAGUGAAGCAGAUGUUGAGUCAAGUUAGCCAUAUGAACGCAACACCUGCCACAGAUGACUCUUUGGCUGAGUUGUCAAGAGAUGUAUUUGCCAAGCUCAAGACAACUACCGCUCACAGUCAGAAAACCCAGUGGACUGGUUUUUGUGACUCCGUCUAUCCCCAGCAGAUGGCUCUCGUAACGGCAUAUGUUGUCGAAGCUUUCCAAGACAUGGGGGUUCCGCUUGAGUCCGUCGGUCCCGGACAGGUCAUUCCGCAACUUCCAGUAUUGCCUCAACAUCGGCAGGUGAAGGAUCAGCUCUAUUCAGUCUUGGAAUUCUCCAAGUUGGUCCAAAGGCAAGGAAACUCUAUCUUACGAACGGAGAGACUCAUUCCGACCACGCCUUCAUCUGUCCUGCACGAGCAAAUUGUCCGAAAAUACCCUUGUCACGAGUCCGAACACAAUCUUCUUCGCACCACUGGAUCCCAAUUGGCUAAGUGCUUGACUGGCUCGGCUGAUCCCCUGGCCCUUCUAUUCCAGGAUAAGCAGGCACGUGAACUGAUCGGAAAUGUAUACACCCAUGCGCCAAUGUUCCUUUCUGCAACAAUGCACUUGAGGCAACUUCUCCGGGAUGUUCUCAGCAAAGCUGACCCUAGUAGAGAGAUCAAGAUCCUCGAGAUUGGCGCAGGCACUGGUGGUACUACCGGCUUUCUCCUUGGUCAACUCGCGGACGUCUCUGGGCUACGCUUCCAGUACACUUUCACAGAUAUCUCAUCCUCACUGAUUGCCCUUGCCCGAAAGAAAUUCCAGAAGUACAAUUUCAUGCGGUACACAGCUCUCAAUGUUGACCAGGAUCCUCCCGAAGCAAUGUUAGGACAAUACGAUGUGAUCAUCUCGUCAAACUGUGUUCACGCCACCCCCAGCAUCGCGAGAUCGACCAAGAACAUCAAUAGUCUUUUGCGACCUGACGGAAUUCUUUGCUUGAUUGAGCUAACCCGCAACCUCUUCUGGUUUGACUUGGUCUUUGGGUUGCUCGAGGGCUGGUGGAUGUUUGACGACGGUCGACAGCACGCUCUUGCUAGCGAAUACGCUUGGGAGAAGGCCCUUCGCCAGGCCGGCUAUCAGUGGGUCGACUGGAGUAGUAAUUCUUCGAAAGAAUCCGAGAUCCUACGAUUGAUUGUGGCCUCUCCUGCCAACGUCGGCCCUCAGGAAAGUACCCUGGUCACCGAGGAGUCUGUUACUUUUGCGGAGAAGGAUGGUGUUCAGCUACAGGCGGACAUUUACUAUCCUUCAGAGGUUGAUACAGCAAGCCGAUCCCGGCCUAUUGCCCUCAUGAUCCAUGGUGGCGGCCAUGUCAUGCUUUCUCGAAAGGACAUCCGCCCCAAGCAAACAGAAAUGCUACUUGAAGCAGGGUUCUUGCCAGUUAGCAUUGAUUACCGGCUCUGCCCAGAGGUCUCUCUCGUAGAAGGGCCGAUGGAGGAUUCUCGGGAUGCCCUCAAGUGGGCUCGCCAAGUACUGCCAGGAUUGAUGCUGCAACGCCCCGACAUAAAACCCGAUGGUGAUCACGUCGUGACCGUUGGAUGGUCAACUGGUGGUCAUCUUGCCAUGUCACUUGCUUGGACUGCUGCUGAAGUUGAUAUCCGCCCCCCGGAGGCAAUUCUUUCAUUCUACAGUCCGACUGACUAUGAGGAUCCCUUCUGGAGUCAGCCAAACCUGCCAUUUGGCCAACCCGCUCCGUCCACUGAUACAUACGAUCAGUGGAAAGCCGUUCAAGACAAGCCUAUCACUGCGUAUAAUCCUUCAUCCUCUUUGGGCGGCUGGAUGAACCCUAGUGACGCUCGCAGUCGUAUAGCACUAUACAUGAACUGGACCGGUCAGACGAUUCCUGUCCUGCUCAACAGACAAGGCCCGACCCAGCGGAAUAAAAUGUCCAAAUUGGAGCCACCGAGCAUUGAGGAUAUUCAGGCCAUUAGUCCUUUGGCCCAGAUCCGUUCCCAUAAGUACCAGUCUCCUACUUUCAUCAUCCAUGGUACCCGUGAUGAUCUGGUUCCCAUUGCCCAGGCGCAGAGGACAUAUGAUGCACUUUCUGCCGCUGGUCUCGAUUCUGAGAUCAGAGUACUCGAUGCAGUGCAUUUGUUUGAUAUAUAUCCGGAUAUGAACCAGAACGAGGAGGCAUUGCAGGCAGUUCGAGAUGGGUUUGCCUUCUUGAAAUCGCAUGUCAAACCAUGA